UGGAGAACGCGUCUACUGCUGCGGUUGGGUGAGUCGUGCGUGCCGCUGAGGUUAGUCAGGCCAGAAAUGGCGUCGCCUAGUGAAUUGUCCCUGGAGGAGAUUCGCAAGUAUCUUCUUGAUAAUGGAGGUUCAGCAUGUAAUCAGGAUCUCGUCAGGCAUUUCAAAAAGUUCCUCACUGAUCCCGAAACACGAGUGGAGGCACGUAACAGAUUCAAGGAGUAUAUCAACACAUUGGCGACAAUUAAAACCGAGGAGGGAGAAAAGUAUUUAGUUUUGAAAAGAAAAUUUCGACAGCCAACUUUGGAUCUGUCAUCACCAACGUUAAACUUUUCUUCUGGUUUCCCAAGCUCACCUAUAUCCACUCCAGAUUUGGCAACUCCUACAUCUCCUUUACGGGACCUACCACCUUACAGACAACCACCAAUAGCACCACUGAGUCCUGUUCAAAAUGUUACCUCACCAGUUCAUCGAUAUACAGUACAAGAUCCUCCUAUUGGACUUCCAUAUGUACAGCCAGUUGGUUUGCCUAAUGUGCAACGAGUUGGUUUUAUAGUCUCAUCACCCCCUGUACCUCCAAGAAAGAAAAGUCAUGAAAAGAUUAAGUCGUCUAACAAGGAAAAUCAGUUUGUUGAUAAAGCCAAGAAUGAAUCUGACUUGAUUAAGGAGGACGAGGUUGCUGCAGCGCAGCAGCAGCCACCGGCUUCGCCUCAGCUGACACCGGCCGAGCAGCUGAGCGUACGUGAGAGAAUGCAGCGUUUCAACCGUAUGGCCAGCGAAACCGAUCUGCCGAACCGACCAAAUACUGUCUCCACGCCACCCGUGAAAAAACGCUCCGACAAGGGAACUGAAGAAGAUGACAGAGCAUCCGUGGCAUCGCAAUUAGAUGGCAAAUCCCGAGAAUGGUUGGUAAGAGCAGCUCAAGGUGACUAUCAGGCUUUGGCGAAAUUGGCUGCCGAAGAACCUCGUCUCACUAGGACUAAGGAUCCAUCUUCCGGCACGGCUCUUCAUUGGGGAGCAAAACACGGAGACGAGAACAUUGUCAAAUUGAUUGCAGGGACGUACGGCAACUACAUAAAAGGUGUCAAUGAAACCACGAAUGGGGGUUACACGCCGCUCCACCUUGCCCUCCAGUUCGACCACGAGAACAUUUUUAAUCUCUUGGUCCAGGUCUACGGAGCCAAUCAAGAUAUCCGCGAUUACAGCGGCAAAAAGCCAAGGCAAUACUCGAUCUCUCAGAAGGCUGCGGUUAGUCAGGACACGAUGCGCAAAAUAAAAGCAAGGAAAAAGCAUGCAGAGAAAGAUCUUGGUUUUCUUCGUAUUGGCUCGCUGAACGUCCGCGUGAAGCGCACGACGGAGGCUUUCAGUCAGUUCUUAGGAGUAGCAACUAAUAACGCAUCCAACAACAACGAGAAGAUUCACAAAUCGUGGGGUUCGGCCGACAAUUUACCAGCGGAUAAGAUGAUGCCACCGCCGAAGUACGCACCCAUCAAAAAACGUCGUAGUCGUCGAGCAACGGACUUCGUCUCAAACCGUCAGCAACAUCCCGCAAGCCAACCGACAACGCCAACGCCUACAGGCAAAUCCACGACAACAAGCCGUAGACCCGCGUCUGUAUCUGCUUUGACGACAAAUAACCUCUUGGCACAAGCCAAUCCUAUCAAAGUUGUACAGCAGAAUGAUUCCGACUCGGACGGCGCUUGUGGUUUCGAUUCUGCUUGGCGAGGUUCCGCGUGAAUUUUCAUUUUUAUCAAGACGUUCUGAAUGUUCAGAAAAUUGAAGUUGUUAGUUAUAUUGUAAAUGAUAAGUUAUUUAUGGAUGAUAUAUGAUAUAUUUUAAUAUAUGAUCGUAUAUUAAAAAAGAGCAUUAUGUUAAAAUUACUAAUUGUAAUUUAACAGAUUUUUUUUUUGAACAAAUACCACUAUACAAAGUUAUAUUUUGCGACUAACUAGUUGGUAAUUAUUUUUGUAUACUUAACAAGGAUAAUAAUCAUGACAAUGAAUCGAAAGUAGUUUGUACGAUUUCAAACUAAAUCUUAUAAAUAUUGCUGUAUGAACAGCAUUGAUUUUUAUAUCGAAUACAACGUCGUAUGAUAUUAUUGAUCGCAGAUAUCUGUGUGAAUGCUAUUAAAUUUAAAUAUUUUUAUAUUCUCGAGAAUAAAGCAAGAUGCUAGCAUCGUUUCAGUUUUUAUUUGUACUGUUAUGAUACUUCAUCGAUAAAAUUUGUUUGAUAAAAUAAAAUAAAAAUUAUGAAUUUGGAUAAUUAUUCAAUGUAAACAUAGUAAAUGACGAAACAGUUGGAUGUUUAUUAAGGGUUAACCAUUUUUAAGUUGAGGCUGUCAGACGACACAGAUUAAUAUAUGAAAACAAAUGCCGAGUUUUUUUAAUAUGCUUGCAAGUUUUAAAUUGAUUUCGUCGAUUAAACUAUAAAUUGCCGAAAAUUACAAAUUUCUAGUAGCUAUCCAUUAGAAUAAUGAUUUAUCGUUUUUUAAGUACUACUACGCAGCUGGUAGAAUUUAAGACAAACAAUAAAUACAUUUUUUUAUUUGAAUAUAAAAAUAAUUAUACAAAUUACAUUGUAAUGAUACAUUUUAUUCGAAUGAUAAAGACAAUUAAGUUGUACA